AUGGGGACAGCAUAUGGGACUGCGACUCACCUUACAGCAGGACCGAUGGCAGCCACAACAAUAACAUCCGAUGAGGUUUUGGAAUAUGAGAGGAUUUUGAAAAUUAGCGACGAGAUUUUCUCGGGAUCACACCCGCGUCUCAAGGUCCCUGAGAAGUUUGUGCGCAAGCCAAAGGGUCAACUAGGUCAGAAUGGCCAGUUAGCUCCACAAGCGGUAAAACUCAAGACCACACCUUCAGAGCCCAUACCUCCAUUGGAUACAUCGCGCAAGUUCAAACCUCAACAGACACUCACACCUGGAAACACGGCAUUCCCCGCGACCGCGAGUGCAACGCCAACGGCUCGCAUGGCCGCCAAGCCAGCAUCAGGAAUCGAUCCCAUAUUCUUGACAAAAUCAGAUGAUCUGGUCAGGGCAGAAAUUCAAUUACAACGACAGAGAGUGGAAAGAGCACUGCGUGAUCAGUUGGAACAGAAAAAGCAGGAAUCAAAGCAGAAACCCACAGUUCAGGACACAAAGCCGAACUUUGAUGUUUCAGAUGUGCUGCAUAAGGCAUUUGAUAUUGUGAAGCCUGUCUCUCUGAGCAAUCCAUCAGAAAAGUCAUUUGAUGAGAAUUCCUAUUACUCUAGUAAAGCGCCUGACUCGCCGCCUCCCGCUGGCGAUCAUCAAAUACCGCCUCCCGUGGUCCCGGCUCCCGUACUGGGGGCCUCAGCAGGGGCUCCAGUGGAUCAAUUUGCAGAUGAGUUGCAGCGGCUAGAAGCUCUGAACAGGACUGGAUCCGAUCAGGAAAUGCAAGAUGCUUACUCUGUUGCUGACCCUCGCAUCUCCCAUUCCCAGAAGCAGCCGCACCGAAGCCAACCCCAGGCCGCUCCCCGACAACAUAAAGCACCUCAGGUUGAUCCCCUGGAGGAACCUGAAUACUCGCCUCCUGCCCCAGUGGCCCCGCCGAUCGAUCACAGGGAUUACCAGCGAGAGGCAGCCAACAGCCAUGGCAGAGCUAGAUACGAGCAGCCUCGCGACGUACAAGCACCUUCCACUGGGAACAAUGGCACAGUAGUCCGAAACCAUAUCACCUCCCCAGCAGCUCCUCAACCGUCUCGAGUCUCGCCCCUGGCAACCCAAAAGCUUCCUCCGGUCCAGCAAAUUCGGGAUGAUCGAUUUGACAAUGGAUUAGAACGGGUCUACUCCGAUCCUGAAUCUGGCCGGGCCAGUCCCAGUGGCCCAGCUACGCUUCCCGUGUCUCGAAAGCGGAGAAGAAACGAGAAGGGACAAGACGUUCGUGUGUCUUACAAGAGGCAGAACGCUGACUCUACUGUUACCUACAUUAAGGAGGAGCCGGUUUCCCCGCCACCUUUCACUGAUGACCCUGCAAUUUCGAGAACUCGUCCCCAGGAACAGCGCGUUUACAUUGACAUUUCAUCGCCGGGAUACAAUCCCGUAAUUGAGCGACGCGAGCCGGCAGGCCGGGCAGUUUAUGAGGUUGACCAGUAUCGCGAUGUCCCCGUUGAACAAGGACCACCCCGGAGCAUGUCCCGAGUGAGCAUCAGACGUCCAGUCCACGAGGAUCCCACCCUGCGACGAGUUGCCAGCAUGCACUACGCUCGACAGCCUGAAUAUCCUCAAGAAUACAUCGAACACGACCCCCACGGCAGAUCGGCAUCCUACGCACUGGUCGAGAGGCGUGUACCAGAUCAUUCCUACUACGAAGAGGUUCCUUAUGCAUCACGUUACGUCGAGGUGGACCAUCCACAGCCCACCUACAGAGGCCAGUAUUACGAAGAACAUCAACCCGUCCGGGCUAUGCCUCCUCCCCCGCGGCGAUACGUUGUUGAUGAGCAUGGCAAUGAGUAUGAAAUGAUACCAUCACGAAGAACACAAACCAUGGCGCCACCCCCUCGUCCUGCAUCUCGAGCUCCGGCGCCACAAGGCGAGAUCUACGACGAGCGAACCCCUAUCCGCACUGCCAGUGUUCGUGCUCCCUCGAUUGUUCAAGAUCCUUAUCUUGAAAACCGAUACCUUCAGGAUAUGCCACCUCCACAGCCCGUCUACAGACGCGUCACUUCUGACUAUGUUCGCCCCGUCACCGGUGAGAGACAGACGUACGUCGCGCCUUUGGAAGGGCAUGAAACCUUCUCCCAUUCCCGUGCUGGUAGCGUGCAAGUUUCCGAAUAUCUGCCUCGCCGUCCAAAUUAUGUAGAAGAGCAUCCUAUUCCUCAGGAGAGGAUGAUUCGCACAGCCAGCGUGCGACCCCAGCCUCAGCAUCGAUAUGAUGAGCCUCAUGAAGUCAUCCAGCGCGUUGGAAGUGCUCGCCCUGCUGGACCUCCUGGCCGUGAAGUCGGCGUCUACUUGGAUGAAAGACCCGUAGGCGAUUUUGUUGAGCGGCCCUAUUACGUCCGAGAACGACGUUAUUACGAAGGUGAUGAUGGAAAUCGCAGGGCGUUGGAUGGAAAUUCGGAGUCUGUGCAUCGUGGUCCUCAGCAUUACUAA